AUGCUCUCAAUAACUCUAACAAUUGCAGCAACCCCAACUGCUGCAACCCUUCUUUUCAUUCUUCUUGAUUUCCUACUGUCGGGCAGAAGAAAAAAUAAGCGAUGGUCCCAGGACCCACCUGAUGCACAGAUUUCCCACUUCCUCGAGGGAGCCAGCGCCAUAUGGAGAAACCCCUUCAUUUUGGGGGUAGUUAGCGCCAAGUCUUUUGCGCCGAGCCCUUUCGCCGAAUACCUCUAUUAUGGUGAUCUACUGAGUUGGGGCCUCUUUACCAUAAGACUUGUGGCGCUAAUUAUUUGCCUCGCUUUGUGGAGUUUCCUCUAUCGACUUGGCUAUGAGAGCGUAGGGCACUACCUUAAGCAUCGCUAUAAAAGCCGAUUUCUGAUUGGUCUGUACAACGCAAACCUACUAAUGGGAACUGUUUACAUUUAUAAGUCUGAUGUCAAUCCGAUUGCUCAUGCCUUUAUUGAAUUCUGCAAAACAAAUAACUACACAGACCUUGUAUUUCUAUGCUUCAUGGGGAUCACAGCGUUUGGAGGAUUCAGCGGAACCGUGUUUGCAGUGAUCAUUCACUGUCUGCUAGAGCUGGUAGGACAAGCAUUCGUUGCGAUGUCAAUAUCGUCAAUCUCAAGCAUAGGCGAGGGUUUUGUGUCCACUCCAAUCGCAUCAUGUUUUGCCAAUCUUGGUCUAUCAGAAUUUUUACCUGUUCUCUCACAUCUCAUAACCAUAUUGCCUAUUUACCAGAUCCUUCGACUAGCCAGUAGCUUGUGGAAGCUGAGAUUAUCUGUGGCUAUAUGUGCUGUCGUUCUACUCUAUGAUCAAUUCUGGUCAAUGCUCCUGACCUCGAAAGUGAAAGAAGUUGGCGCAUAUAAUAGCAAGGUACAAAUCGGCAUGAACGCUCAUCCCUCCAUAUGGGUGCGGUCCUUCAUAGGUGGUGUGAAUAUGACCAGCAAGCUCAAGAUUGACCAAGGAGUCAAUACAUGGAGCCCUCCAGAACAUAUGCCUGGCCUCAACUUUGAUUAUGAGUUAUGGGAUCUCCCAUUCACUGGAGCGGUUGUUUUCUUCUGGACUUUGAUAGGUCAACUUAGCAUGUUCACUGCACUCCAGCUGCAUAUGAUAACUGUGCACACCAUCAAGUACUGCAUUCCUACGUGGCUGCGAGACGCAGUAGCUAGCUCAGUAGCAGAGCUCAAGCUCUUUUAUAUGUGUGUCAAAUUCUUCUUCUCCAUCAUCGUGAUUAUGCUCAUCGAUGAAGGUGUCUACGAACUUGUUCACCCCGAAUACAAAGGCCUAAUUGUCCACUCCCCUCUAUUGGAGUCUACACUGACCAUAGCAGUGUGUGUAGUCACAGUGGUUGGUUGGGUGGUGCGCCCUGUCGAUUCUGUGCUAAUGAGCGUUCUGGCUGUGGUAGAAAUUGUGGGAAUGCACUUCCUAGAGCAGAUGCUGACACGUAACUACAAGAAAAUUGAUUUCGUCUCUGGCGAAAUGGUUUGGCAGAAGGGUGUAGUGGUAGAUCAGCGUCAACUCUGCAGCGCCGCCUGGCUUCCCUCCCUCGUAACGGUUGUGCUGCUUCUUGUAGCGCUAUCAACACUCAUCUGCUGUCACCCCAGGCACAGCAUAAUCCUUAGGGACAGCCUUGGGUGGCGUAAAAGCAAAAUAGAAGAGACAGAGGACGAUGAGAGCUCUGAAUCAUCGGAGGAGAUAAUGUAG